AUGAAUGUUAGCACAAGUGCACUUGGUGUGAGGAGGAGAAAGCCCCGGAGUCAAGAUAUAGAUGAUGAGGAAAAUGCUGCUGUUUUGAAGCUAGGGCCGGAGUUCCAACUUACACAGAUCACAAACAGCGGAGAACAGGAGCAGCUUAUAGCAUUGAAUUUAUCAGAAGCCAGACUUCUUAUUCGAGCGGCGUUAAAGGAGCGUAAAAGCAAGCAAGACGCUAAAAAAUACGAGGAAGAAGAUGAAGAGAAUGAGAGAGAAGACGAGAUUGCCAACAUAGAGCUCGCGGGACCAAAUUCCAACGAGGUAACACACAAGACUUUAAACUACCUCUCGACGUUUAGCAGGUUUAAGAAUUCCUUCUCUACUGAGACUGUUGAGAAACUUUUGAAUGACUUUAAUAACCAGGCAUCUGAGCCUUUGCAUCCCUUUGAGUUGGCUCAGCUAGGUAAUUUGGAAUGCGAGGAUGCAGAAGAAGCCAAAUCUUUAAUCCCCAGCUUGUCUAACAAAGUCUCAGACGUUCAGCUCAAAACACUCUUGACAGAGUUAAGAAAGUACCAGACCUUGUCGUAA